AUGCUGGGAAGAUUUCGAUUAUGCGUGACGGUGCCUCAAAUGUUGAGCAACCCAUCUGCAGGGACUAGUGGAGUGUCUUUUGUCAGAAGGGCGCCUUCCUACAUUUCAUUUACGGUCAAGAGGCUGAACAGCGGUUUGCCCGGUGCGGGGGCGAAGGUCGACCUUGAUGCGGCCGCGCUGGCAGCAGCUAUGAAGCGGAAACGAAGAUGGCAGGGUUGGAUCGGCGGGACCACGCUUCUCGGGAUUGGUUUGGGCUACCUGGGGUACCUGUUUACCCCUGAUUGGCGUCAAAUGGUCGAUUCUAAGCACUACUACACGGAUUGGAAGGAAAUUCCGGAAUGGCUACGGCCUGCAUUACUUGGUGCGUUCGCCACAACCUAUGAUUGUCAGAUGGAAGAAGCCGUGAAUCCCGAUUUUAAGGCUUACCCUACUUUUGCUGCCUUCUUCAAUCGGGAGCUGCGGCCAGAAAGUCGGCCGAUCAGCGCCAGCCCUCUGGUAUCCCCAGCUGACGGCAUCGUUCUACACUACGGUCGUGUUGAAAACGAGAAAAUUGAAUACGUCAAGGGCCACGACUAUAGCAUCGGCCAAUUCCUGGGGAAAGAAGUCAAGUUGGAUCCGGAACUUGACCUGUAUCAAGUGGUAAUCUAUCUCGCCCCGGGGAACUACCACUCUUUCCACUCGCCAGCCCGCUGGAUAGCUUCCGAGUCGAGGCACUAUCCGGGACUCUUGCUAUCGGUGAAGCCGGCGUUGCUCGAUCGGGUCCCGCACCUGUUCUGUCUGAACGAGCGCGUCGUGCUGAACGGUAAAUGGAAGCACGGAUUCUUCUCAAUGUCUGCCGUCGCAGCCACAAAUGUUGGAGAUAUUGCCAUUGAUGCCAUGCCCGACCUACGCACAAAUGUUCGCGUCAGGCGAAAACUGGCGACAGCCGAACCAGCCCUGGGCCAAGUGCGCCAAGCCUACAAGCCCGGCGACAAAGUUGGAGAAUUCCGAUUGGGCUCCACAAUCGUUUUGGUAUUCCAAGGACCACCGACGCUUCGUUUCGCCAUCCAAGCCGGCGACUCUCUGCGCUAUGGACAAAGCCUCGUCUCGGAUGGCUGC